UAGCGAGAUCGACUCGUAAACACUCGCAUUACACAUAGCUAUGUAGUGUUACGCCGAGUGAGCUCCCGGCGUUGUGCAAGUAUCUAAAUAUUCUACAUGUCGAAGUGGAAGCUAGCGUAAAGUGCACACAGAUUUUCAAGUGGAGAAUAUUGUGUUCUAUGUGGAAGUACUGGUUUUCUGUCGAAUAAUAUAUAUAAGCCAGUAGGCCAUCAAUAUAUUCUGUGCCCCUCCCCCGCGACCGAAGUUUCCCUGACUGACAUAGGACGUACUUUCACGUGUGUUUAAUGUUACUGCUUCUAAUAGUCUGCUGUCAAACCAGUUUUCACUUAGUAAAACUUAUACGAGUGGAGAAAUCCUAGUGCCUGUUUUUAGAAUGUGGAAAAUGCGUGUGUACAUAGCAGUUCUACGUAACGCUAACAAGCAAGCAGCUUGAAUAAGAACAAACGUGUGUAGAUUGCAGAUGAUGAAUGUGCGCUCUUACAGCGCACUCCGUUGGUAGUGAACGUUACAUUUUUUGUCAAGGUUAUGGUCAGGACAUGUUGGUGAUUUAAUUAAAUUAAUAACCUGUGGAAAGACAUUUCUAAAUUGAAUUGAGGAAGAAGGACAGUCGUGUUAUUUUUUCGUGAUUUUUCAAUAAUUUUGGGUAUGAAUGAAGAUACUGUUUUGCAGGUGUCGUAAUGCACAGCUGACGGAUGACAGAACAAAUCAAAUUCGCAGUUGCAAUGGUGUAAUGGAACGCCGAGCGAUAAUGACCCACAAGUGAAGAAUUAUGGAUUGAAGUGUUGUAUGGAGAAAAGCAGUGAUGAGCCAGAAUCUGCAGAACACAGCUUUGACACAGCGGUACCAGCCGGUUUCCAUUGUGGGUCCCUUUCAGGACCCUGGAAGCUGCUGGUUCCUCCCUUCAAAACAUUCAGGUGCAACACCUGCAAUCAUGGACAACAAGCUUUCACCCACCUUUGCUCAGAAGAAGGCAGAGGUGAAGCUCAAUGCUAUGCCUUGGUUUCAUGGGAAAAUAUCUCGUGAUCGUGCAGAGCAGCUCCUGUCACCGAAGGAGGAUGGCUUGUUCCUGGUACGAGAGUCAACCAACUUCCCUGGUGACUACACAUUGUGUGUUUGCUACCAGGGAAAAGUUGAACAUUACAGGGUCAAAUACAAAGACAACCAACUCACAAUUGAUGAUGAGGAAUUCUUUGAGAAUCUGUCACAGCUUGUGGAGCAUUAUGAGCAAGAUGCAGAUGGUCUGUGUACACAGCUGACAAAAAGUUUGCCAAAGAAAGGGAAACAAGAUUUCUGUGUGGAUACCAAAGCUUUUGUAGAAGCUGGCUGGGUGAUCCAGGAACAUGAAUUGGAGCUAAGGGAAUCAAUAGGAAAAGGUGAAUUUGGUGAUGUGAUGUUGGGAAUUCUCAGAGGUGACAAAGUAGCAGUGAAAAUGUUGAAGGAUUCAAGUGAAGCUGCACAGAAGUUUCUUGCUGAAGCUUCUCUGAUGACAUCACUGAGGCAUGAGAACCUGGUGCAACUACUGGGCUUAGUGUUUAAUAAUAAGAACAAACACAUUUAUCUGGUGACGGAGUAUAUGAGUAAAGGCAGCCUAGUUGACUACCUGAGAUCAAGAGGACGACUUCAUGUCACCAAAAAGGAUCAGAUUAACUUUGCAUUUGAUACAUGUUCUGGUAUGGAGUACUUGGAAUCUCGGAAGGUUGUUCAUCGAGAUCUUGCAGCCCGAAAUGUUCUAAUAUCAGAAGAAGGUGUAGCCAAAGUGUCAGAUUUUGGUUUGGCAAGGGAAGAAAAUUUUACACUAGAAGGAGGAAAACUGCCCAUCAAGUGGACAGCACCUGAAGCACUGAAACAGAGCAAAUUUUCAAACAAGUCUGACAUGUGGAGUUUUGGAAUUUUGCUUUGGGAAAUCUAUUCCUUUGGAAGAGUGCCUUAUCCAAGAAUACCUCUUGCAGAUGUGGUGAAGCACGUGGAGAAAGGCUACAAGAUGGAAGCUCCAGAAGGAUGUCCUCCAGAAGUAUAUGAAAUAAUGAGACAGGCGUGGGAUUUGCAACCUGACAAGAGACCGACCUUUCGAGGUGUAAAAGAAGAGUUGGGACAGCUGAAAUCUAAGACAGUCUGAGCAAAUGAACUGCAGUUAUUCUGUAAAAGAAAUGGGUGUGUUUGUAAGUGGCAUAAGUCGUUAAUUCAACAAUAUCUGAAGCCAUCUGUGAACUUGAGACAAAGUGGCAUUGAGGUGACUUGUAAGGAACCAAACUCCAUGUUGCAGUUUAGCAAUUUAAAGCAGUGCACUGCUCGUACUGCAGUUGCAAUGACGUGUUGCUAAAGGAGGUAUCUCUCGCAUUUCAAUAUGAGAUAUAAUCCAAUAGACUGAUAUUGCUGCUGUUCCCAGUCAGCUCUGUAUAUCUAGUGUGUUUAUGUAUAUAUGUGUGCUUGUAAGAAUGAGUGAUUGUACAAUGUAAGAAGGCUUAUGUUAAAGAAAGCAUGAGAUGAAUGUUAUGUUAUGUUAUGUGACUAAGUAAAUAUAUACCUAAAGAAGAAUGUAGUUGUGAAUAGUCCCUGAAGUUUUAAUAUUGUAAACCAAGAUACAAAAAGCUCUUAGGCAGUUUAGAGUAAUUACAAUGUGUCUUCCUGCUAAGUUCCUUCCUUCUGUCAUUUCCUGACUACUGGCUGUGUGUUAGUAGUUCAUCUUAAUAUAGUGUUGGAAUGACUCACGCAUUUGAAUGUCAUGGUUAAAUGAAUAUAUAUUCAGUUUUGGUUUUACUUCCUGAUGAAUAAGGAUGCAGUAGCAUCAAACAGUAUAUUAAAUAGUAAUUAUCAUCGUGACUGGAUAAGGCUGCAUGUUGAAUACUGGUUGUGAGUGAAUAUGGCUAAUUGUUUUGAUGAUUAAUAUUUUUUAUGUAAAUUGUGUGUGAAGUGCAGUUUGCUAGGAAAUAUUAGGGAAGUUUUGCAGUAAACUUCUUGGAGUCCUAGUUUGAAGCACAAUAGGCAUCCAUAACUGUGGACAAAAUAAAGGCUAUAUUAGAUUAUUCACCACAGUGUUCACUGGGAUGUCUUGCACAAGAGACUUACAUUUCAAAAUCGUGAGAAAACAUGAUGAAAUUGCUUAAAACUUUUCCUAUACAGGACAGAAUUUUACUGUGAAGUACUUCUUUGCAUCAGCCUCGAAGUAUUUAAAUGAUAUUGAGAGCAUAUGCACUUGAAUAUUUUUCAGCACCACAUGUGAUUUAUAUAAACUGCUUCCAUUUACAUUUUGGAGCGAUUCUGUAUUCUAAUUGGAAUUGACAGUAGCACUUAGCUGAAGGAGGCUGCCACUGUCUGGAAGUCAGGAAUUGACUUAGCAGGAUGCACGCUCUGUUUGGUUGGGAGUAGUACAUAUCAUACCAGAUUAAAGAAAGGUACUGACAAUCACUUUAAUGAGGAAUGUAAUUGCUUCUUCUUUGCUGGAAAUGGAUGUGUAUGUUCAAAGAAGUUAAUGGAAGCUUAUGUAGCUAUUGCUGCUGAAUCAUAUGGUAAUUUCAAAGUGUGUCCAAUUUCCAUAAAGGAUGUUGUUGCAGUCUAUGUUGGUGAAUUAUGUUACUGUGAUGGCAUUGUCUGAUGUGUCUCCAGUUUUGAUUAGUCGUUUAUUUGAAGAGUUCUUGGCAGAAAUUGUUAAAUUUUUGUAUUCAGGCAUUCCUGCCAUCUUAAAUUCCUUGUUUGUGAAAUAAGCAGUGGAUAAAUGGAAUUGAGUCACCCUCGGAAUGGCUACUAGGCCUGCCGAAUGUUCCAGUAUGUGCCCCUUGGCAUUGUUUAAUUAUAGUGAAGCCCCUGUUUAAGAUUUCUUUGGGGACACAUGAAUUUGAGCACUGAGUGGAGGAAAUCUAAUGUUAAAUAAGGGAAAACUUGAAAUUGAAGCACAUUAAAUGGGCUUUCCACUAUAGAAAAAUUUCAGAUGGCACAAACAUUACUUCAUAUGUGUUCAUGUUAACUGCUUGAUGGACUAUGUACUGUAGUAUGUAAAUACAGAUACAGGUGUGUUACAUUAUUGUCUUUGUUCUCAAAAGUGUAUUAAUAAGUUAAAAAUGUUUGAUAACAAGAAAUUUUCCCUAAGGUAAACAUCAUCAUCAUCAUCAUCAUUUUUAAAGAGACUUUCUGCAUCAGGUUUACUGCAUGAAGAAUCUUUUAACACAUAUAUCACCUGCAAAAUAUAUUUUGUAUGACAAUUAAUUCAGCUUCUUGAUUAAUGAAAAAAUUAUCAGAAUUCAAAACAGUUUGAAAAGAAGAGUUCUGUCUUCUGGGAUUUAACACUGUGAAAGCCAUGCAGAGUGUAAUGUCUGUUUCUUGCUUUCUUGCAUGUUCCACUAAAACAUCAGUUGACUUUCUCCAAACUACAUGGUGCUUAUGUCCCAGUAGGUAGAACUCUUCAUAACUGUUGCUGUGAGAAACUCAGAUCCUACACAGUUUGAAAAGAACAUAAAGCAAACCUUGCUUUAUAUCAUUCUUGUGUACAUGUUUGGUCUAAAAUGUGUAAUUGUGCUCAUCCAAAAUGUUAUUGGAGCUUUCAAGUCCAGUGGCAGCCUGCUUGUGAAAUCUGGUCUUCUUUCAAGAGAACUGCACAACUAUCUGGGGAAAAUUUCAUACAAAAGUUUUUAAUCAUACUUAUGUCAAGAUUUGGAUUUUAGAUUUUGUGUGGAAAAAUUUGAAUUAUUCUCCUUCCUGUUGCCUUUUUGUUGUGUCAUUCCAGUAAGCUUAGUGUUAUUUUAUAUUUGGAUGUUUCCAGCCGGUGAGGGGCUGUGGUUUCUAGUCUUCAGAUCAGUGAUAUUGUUGCAAGAACGCGGGAGACCUAGAUAUAGAUGUGAGGAAGAUAAUAUAAAAACUGUUGUGAAUAUGGUAAUGAACCUUUGGUACCAUAAAAGGUGGGAUUAUUUUGAACACAACUGUAUUAUUGUUAACUUCUCAAGGACAGUACUAUUAUAUGAUGUUGGCUUAGAGCAAAACCCCAGCACUUAUUGUUUGAGAAUAGUUGCUGCUGUUUUUAGAAUGUUAUUUUUCCUUUCUUUAUCUUCUUGUGAUAAUGGUAAGAAGUAUUUUUCUCUUCUAGUAUUUCAGAUGAAUGACAGCAUAAGAAAUAAAUAACCACUCCAGUGUACAUUUGAUGUUAGGUACAGACAAGAUAGUGAACCACAUUUAAUGAAAUGAGAUUCAGUUUUUCUUAUAACCAUGACAUUAUUUGUUCAUGUAGGUGAAUGUCAGUGUCAAGGUGUCAUAACCCAAAGGACCAUAGUAAGAAUCCUUGCUGCAAUAAAAACUUAAAAUCUUAUUCAUACUAACAGUAUUCAUCCUUCAAUUGAAAGCAGUCUGAAAAUAUCUCUAAAAGGAGAUUGACAUUCAGCUAUAGAGAUCACCUUAAUCAGUUUAUCUCCAGUUUUAAGCUAAAGGUUAUAACCUUUUCAACUGGAAAGACAUCCAUGUUAGAGGUCUUCUUCCAUCUCUUUCUUGGGAAGGGGAAAAAUUCAUGUAAAGGCCCCAAGUCUUCAUUCUUCUCCAUGCUCAUAUUGGCUUACCUAGAGCUCCUACUUUAACUUUAUCUAUACCACUGUUCCCAUGCUUGUCUUACCGUUCUUCCUGCUUGUUUUGUAUUUUUUUCGUUUUUGGAUGAGUACUGUAGAAUUCUGUUUAUAAGAUUAUUAUUAGUUUGUAUUAUUUUUUUGGGCAGUUGUGAAUUCAGUUAUUUAUUUAUUUGUAUUCUCUUUGGCUUUAAAGUUGGAGGCAGAAUGUUCCUCGAGAGCUCUGGUAAAUUUUUGCCAGAAUACAGUGUCACAUCCCAGAAUACAGUGCUCUUUACAGUCAGUGCUGUGGGAACCCCAACUUUCAUGAGAAGUAGGUAGUUUUGUUCAUUUUACAUAAUUUAAAAUUAUUAUUGGUGUAACAGACAUUGUUUUUUGUACAGUUUUUCAGUUAUGUUAUUUCCCCACUUCAAGUUUGAGGAAAAUAUUAAUUUUAUACUAACUUCAAACAAUUUUCUUGUGUUUAUAUUUAUACUCUUCUUUCAUCAGAGUAAGAGAUCUUUUUUGACUUUGAAACGUAUUGUUUUCAGUGAUUAUAAAUUUCAACAGCAUAUGCUUUGAACUUGCUCAGGAAAAAUUUUAUGCGCUGAAGGAAUAAAAGUAAUAUUCUGCAAAAGCUGUUACAGAAUAAGACAUGUUCAUAGUUUGCUUUCAUGCACGUUCUUUGGUACUUCUGGCAUCACGGUUUCACAAUGUAAUUAUUAUUCUGUUAAUUUUUUUUUUAUUUAGUAUAACAACUGGGAAAGAAAAUAUGUAAUUUUCAGCAUUUGCCAGUAUCAUUAAUUUGAAAUAAGAACUAUGUAAGGUAUGAAGGAUGAUAAUUUGGCAGUUGUUUACAUAGUUCCAGAGUGUGGUCUUUUGCUCUGAGGGGAAAAUACACACAGAAAAGCAGGUUAGAUUGGACAUUUACAUCUGAUACAGAAGUGUAUAUAGAACCUUGUUGGAGGAAGUUCUUGGCAAGCAGCCACUUGGAAGACCAAAGCAAGUUGAAAGGUUAAAUCAAGUUGGAUCACAGAGAAAUGGGUUAUGAGGAUGUAAACUGAAUGAAGCUGGUUUGCAGGGUUUCAGUGGUGGGCUUUGGUGUUAGUGAUGUUAAAUGUUUGUGUUCUAUGGCUGAACAGUUGUACUCUCAUUUUGCCUCUCCCCCCAUUUUGAUGUUACUUCUUUCUGUAUGUCAUGUACUUGCACUCAAUUCCUUCCCUCUUUUAUAAAUUUUAUUUUCUAUCUGAUUUUGUAUGAAUUAUGAAUUGCACAUACCGCUUGUGAAAUAUGCUGUAAUUUGGCUGUUUUGAGAUCAUGUUAACAAAACAAAAUUAAUGACCACUUUUGUAAGUAUAGAGUAUAAAAUAAUAUUUGUUUAUUCUUUUUAAUUCUUGAAUGUAUAUUAACUAAACGCUUAUAUUGUUUGAAUUUAAGACGCACUAGAUAUAAAUUCAACAUGAACAUAUUUGAAAAUAAUAAUAUUUUUAAUAAGAAUUUAUUUCAUUCUCAGUCUUCCUACUUUUCCAUCUAUUUCAUGAUGUAAGUCUGCAAAUAAUGUGUUCCUUAUGUGGUUGUUAGUUUCUUCAGCUAAUUCUGUCACAGUAUCAGGAAACAUAUUUGAAUUGUGUGAUUGUAUUUAUAUUUGCAUUGUAUUCAUUCCUGAUUGUGUCUGUCACAUGACUAGUAUAAUGAUUCUUAGCAGGGGCAGUAUAGGAAAAUAAUAAUAGACAGUUGUUUUUUAAAAUAAUUCAUAUAAGAUGCUGUUCAGUAGGUGAAAACUGCUUGCAGAAGUCUGUGCAAUGCUACACUGACAGGGAAAAACUAAUUUGUUUUCAGUUCAGAUUUAGAUUUUUAUGGUGUGACACUGUAGUCUAGUUAUAGGUUUGGAUCCAAUACAGAACUGUAGGUAGUGUUUUAUUUCACAUUUUUCUGAGAAUGAUAUAAUACUGUACUAUGAUAAUCAUUUCUCUUCCAGACAUAGGAAGUGGCAUUUUUGCUCUCUAAUUUGUGUGCAUUUAAUGUUCAUGCCAUGUACCAAAGUGUCAUGAAGUUGAAUGCCCCCUGCUAUGUUUAUUGUGAUGAACUAUAAUAUUGUAAGGGUGUAAUCUUAGUAGUCAAGUGCUGCAUUUGUACAACAGUAUAUGCAUACAGUCCAGUCCAGGUAGCCAAGCAUUAUAUUCUUUCAACACUAAUACCAUAACCCCCAAGUUAAAUGUAACUGCCAACCAUAGUGCAGGGGAUUUAAAAUUUCCUAUUCGUGGGUGAUACACUGGUACCAGUGAGUUGGAAUCAUGAAGCGAGCCAUCUAAUUCCAGAAGAUUUGAAGUCUCCUACUUCUGGAUGUCGAAAGUUAAAUUAACUGGCACAAUAGCAUAAGGAUACUGUGAACUGAAAUUACAUGGCAGAGGGUUAAAUCAUUGCUUACUCUGACAUGGCAAGUUCACACAGUUUGAUAGUAGGGUUGUUCAUGUUUUAUCUGUCCACGUCUGCCUGCCGUUCAUAGGUAUAUAAAGGCGCCUGAUGGUUUAGCUGGUUCUAAGGGGUAAGAGUUUCUCACAAGCAGAUCAAGUGCCAAAAUUAAUGGUGAGUUGAGAGAGGAGUGCCCCUUUUCACAGAUUAAUUUUAUGCCAUUAAAGAAUGGCAACAGAUAACUGAAGUAGGUGUUAAUAAUAGUGUAAAGUUGUACUGCUUAUUGUAUGCAGGUGAGGCAAACAACUGUAACAAAAUCAGAAUGCAUUGUAGAGAAAGAAAUAUUCUAUCAAAUAACAGGAGAUUGCAAUCUUGAAAUUUCAACAGCAGAAAAGAAGCAAUGGUAUGGAUCUGUGAAUUGAAUUACUUCGAGUACCAAAUAUGAAAUAUCUAAUAUAAGAACAAGAAUAAAAAGAAUAGACAGAUACAGGUGAAGGGAGUAAGUGGCAUAGUAAAAGGAGUCUUAAAAAAUAAAACUGUUAAGGAUAAUCUAAACUGUCUAAAAAUCGUAAGACUCUUUUUGUGUUCUUUUAUACAUGUCAGUAGUCAUAGACAGUAACAGAGAAAUGACUGAACCUACUGAAAUAAGAUUUCUGAGAUCAGGAGGAGCAGCAUUCUUGAGAUCAAACCAGGAUGAAGGCAGUAGAAAACAAUUAAAAGUGGACUUUUAGAAUACAGAAAUAAAUGGCAUGAAAACAAUAUUGGAAAAGAAGGUAAGAAGUUGUAUUGGAAAGAGUUCUGAAUUAUGGUCUGCAAGGAAGAAGGAAGACGUGUAGAAAGGUGGAUUGAUCAUAGGAGAUUUUAAUGGGGAACAAAAGGACAUUGGGGUUAAUCCUUGAUGCUGUGGAUAAUGACUGAUGUGUACACAAAAGCAGUACAAUUAAAAAUGUUCUUGAAAUGUAACAUUGUUGGUAAAGUUUUGAUACAUGAUACAAUUUUUGCUUGUGUGACUGGUGAAAAGUUUUUUUGUCAUCACAUAUAGUGAGAAGUGUCGUACUGUUUUGUGACAGCAGAAUGUUCUUUGAUGGUCAUCUUAUUUACAUGUGCUUGUUCACUGACUAAAAGUGAAACAGCCAGGAAACAAGAUGGAUCAAUGAAGUUUGUGUGCAGAGUUUCAUGUAUAUCUAAUUACCAAUUCUUAAUGCUCUCAGAAUCCAAAAACUCAUUCCAGUUAAUUGGUACUGAUAAGAAAUAAAAAGUUUUGUUUUGUUUGUUGUUCCUUGGUAACUAAAACUGAAACAAGACCACAGUAAUUUGUAUCCAGCAAAGUGCAAGGCCAGAAAUGAAGCCCCGAACUUUGAGAAUGUGAUAAUAUGCUGCUUCGUCAAGGCUACUGCAUACAUCAGGGGACUGUGAUAUGAGCAUGGAGCUAUGAUGGAGUGAAGAUUAGAAAGGGAACUAAGAAACUCUGAGAGAAAUCUACUCCAGUGCCACUUUGUCCACCAUGAAUAUCACACUAAGUUAUGUGGGACUGAACCCAAAGCUCUGUGUUGAGAAGCCAGUAACCAUAUGACUAUAAUUGAAUAUUAGUUUGAAAUACAAGGAGUAGUGUGAAGUUGUUUUACAUGGGAGUAGUUCAGAUUUCUUUUGCUGCUUCUGAAAGGUUUCUUGAUGUGCUUUCCCCCUCCAAUCAUCAAUAUCACCAUAUUUUCCCAGAAUACUUGAUAUGGAUAAAUAUGAAUCAUCAUCAAACAAAUAUAUCUGGACCUAACUGAGAAAUAUAAAAAUAUUACUAAUGUUGGUUGAAUGUAUCAUAGUGAAUUAGCUAUAUAACUUUAAUUGAAAUUGCACAGAACUAAUAAGUUGCUAACUGUAAAAAUGAAUGUGAAGGUUGAGGAUUGUGCUGUCAGUGAGGAGACAUGUGAAUUGCAAGCUCCUGUAGUUCCAGUAUUGGCAGCACUAUUUUAUUGCUUAAUUGCAUUUCCUGGCAUAGCAUGAUUAGUCAUUAAUGUUAGUAUUCUAUGUGCAGGAAUUCUGUAAUCUGUCAGAAUGUCAUUCAUGACUAAAAUGAAUAAUUUCCUUUAAAACUUGAUGAGUUUUUUGAUGAAAUUCGGUUUUAAUAUUUCAUAUUGUGUGGAAUGUAUUCCUAAGUGUUUGCUACACUACCAUAAUCCUUGUGCCUUGGGUUUGACUACGUCCCAGCUGUUGUGACCUUCAGUAUAUAUUGCUGUGCAGUUUUGAGGAGGAAUCUUCAGUUACCUCUGGGUGGUGAGAAAGUAUUGUAAAUGAUAACUUGGAAAUGUCGGAUUGCUCAAAGUUCAAAACUAAUGAAAGAGAUCAACUGUGUAUUAUGUGUAAUGUUCAUUAAUGAAAGUGAAGUGCAUCUGUCUGUUGGUGUAUAUUGUACUUGUAAAUAUUUAAUGUGUAUAUAUAUAUAAAUAUAUUUUGUGCUUUGCACACUUUCAACACAGUAAUGACAGUCCAUUGAAUUGGAUGCUAUGUUGAUCCAUAUUUUAGUUAAAGUAUACUAAACAGUUAUUUUACAGCUAUAAGAUUUCACAGUUUAAAUUAAUUUCAAUUUCCUAAUUUGUAAUAUUCUUUACUAUAAAUAAUAAAAAGCAAUUGUUGAUCUAUUCUCAUGAAUAAAUUACCUUUGGAGCUGUGUUCCCAUGUAGGGAUCUGUUCACUGCAUGUUCACUUUGUAUGACUGUCAGUAAAAGAAUUGUAUCUCUAGGAUUCUGAUCCCAAGAUUCCUUCCUGAUUAUUUUGAUUGGGACCAGAAAUCAAAAUAUCUUCAAUGAAUUCGUCCACAUAUAAAUAAGAUAAUUAUAGCAUACAGUGUCAGUAGAAAUUAUUUUCAAACACUUGGUCCAGUAACAGUAGCAUGAAUUACUUUCUUAAUAGUACAGUACAACGAAAUUAAAUUGUGAAAUAACUGUUUAAGUCUUGUGUGCAUUGGAGGCAUCAGACAGUUUGGUGCAGUUAUAUGGCAAGUUAGUAUUGUGUUAAAAUUAGACUUAGAAGACCAGACCCCUGUAAUGGGAGGUAAUAACAUUAUUAUAUAUGUAAUUAUGGUAGUGAACAGAUUUUGAAUUUUAUUUGGUACAUCAAGUAAAUUUUAAUAUAUGUUGUAAUUUAUUUUCAUUGGCUUUAUUUUUGUUUAAAUGUUUUUAAGGGUAUUUUAUCUUCAGAUCUGUCCUCUGCCAAACUGUGUCUUGGAACAAUAUGUUCUCUUGUCAAAGAGUAUGGUUUGUAGUGUUUUUUGUUGAUAGUUGAAUGUUUGUUGUUGUAAUAUAUACCAUCUUUUAAAAAUUUCUUAUGGAGAUGAAUGAGUGUAUGUCAUUUUAUGAUCAUUUAAUCCAUAUGCUGUAGUGUGUGUCAUUUUGGAGACUGUAAUGCUGUACCUAUUUACAGACUUGAGACACAAUUCAUUUUUAUUUUAAUUUUUCAUAUUGCAAUUUAUACUGGGUGUGUACUUAAAAUCUGUGUGACUUGCCUCUGUUUAGAUGUACAACUGACAAAAGAACUAAGAGUUGUGCUUAGCUUCCGAUAUGAUUGACUUGGUGAAGUAAAACAGUUUAUAAUUCAUUUCUUGUUUUAGAAGUUUGUGACAUUGGUUUAGCACCAUCAUUGGAAUAUUUCUUUGUUCAGUAUUUGGGUAAAGAUGUACAGCAUUUCGGAUGAAUCUGUGUUUCUUUCUGUAUUUAGGUAGGACUGUUAAAUGAAGUUGGUCCCCGCAUUAUCAGAGGCUGUCUCUGUAUUUGUUUUGAGGUAAAAGGGAAGUUAUGUGCUGUCUGGGACCAUAAAGGGGGUCCUUUUACUAUCAGAGGCUGGCUCUUUGUUUUGAGAUAAAAGUAGGGCUACCUAUUCUAGAUAAAGCUGGUUCUUGUCACUCUUGUCUUUGAUAGGAGGCCUAGGGAAAGAGCAAAUUUUAACAGGUAUCACAGCAGAAACCUUUUUUUUUUUUUGAGAUGAGGACAGACUGCCAACCUCUGAAAUGUCCUUACAGCUGUCUUAUUCAGACUGUAGAUGAUGUCCAAAGAUGACACUUCUACGACAGUUCAUUUUGACAUAUGCUACUGACGCAGAAUUAUUUCUCCUCUACACUAAAACUGCCAGGUUGCUUUUGAAAACUUUUAUGUUUUUAUUGGUAAUGCCUUGGUGUCUCCCAGUCACAUUAUUGAUGUACUUCCAACUAAUCUUAUAUAAUAAAGGUGUGUUGAUUGAUUUUUUCA